AUGCAGCGCCACCCUGGCCGAGGCCGCGGAGCGGCGUCGGGGGAGCGCAGGGUGUCGCAGCGCACAGCCCGCGGAGCUGACCAGCGCUUCCCGGCCCAUAAAGCCCGCCGGCCGCGCGCUCCCUGCCCGGCCCGCGGGCCGCGAUAUAAGGCGCCGCGCGGGCUCGGGGUCCAGCGCCCGUCCGGUCCCGCCGCCGCGCCUUGUCCUGCCGCUCAGCCCGCCUCGGCGCCCCCUGCGCGCCCCGGCCUGGCAGCGGCUGCAUCAGGGCCGCCCCCUACCGCGGCAUCUCCUGCUACCGCGGCCCCGCUGCGUCUGCGGGGGCUUCCGGGCCGGCUCCUGCGGCCGCAGCUUCGGAUACCGCUCCGGCGAAGUGCGCGCACCCAGCUCUCCCUGCAUCACCACCGUGUCAGUCAACGAGAGCCUCCUGGCGCCCCUCAACCUGGAGAUCGACCCCAACGCGCAGAGCGUGAAGCACGAGGAGAAGGAGUAGGUCAAGUGCCUCAACAACGGGUUCGCUGCCUUCAUCGACAAGCAGGUGCGCUUCCUGGAGCAGCAGAACAAGCUGCUGGAGGCCAAGUGGAGGUUCUACCAGAAGCCGCUGUGGCCGGAUGCCAAGUGCGUGGAGGCCGACAGCGGGAGGCUGACCUUGGAGCUCAACCACGUGCAGGAGGUGCUGGGGAACUACAAGAAGAGGACGUGGACUGCGCCUACCUGCACAAAUCAGACCUGGAGACCAACGCGGAGGCCCCGGUCCAGGAGAUCGACUUCCUGCGGCGACUGUAUGAGGAGGAGCUCCAGAUCCUCCACGCCCACAUCUCAGACACCUCGGGCAUCGUCAAGAUGGACAACAGCCGGGAACUGAACAUGGACAACAUCCUGGCCAAGAUCAAGGCCCAGUACGAUGACAUCGCCAGCGGCAGCCAGGCCGAGGCCGAGUCCUUGUACCGCAGCAAGUGCGAGGAGAUAAAGGCCACGGUGGUCUGGCACGGGGAGACCCUGCGCCGCACCAAGGAGGAGAUCAACGAGCUGAACCGCGUGAUCCAGAGGCUGACCGCCGAGGUCGAGAAUGCCGAGUGCCAGGAACUCGAAGCUGGAGGGGGCCAUAAGCCAGGCUGAGCAGCAGAGCGAGGCGGCCCUCACUGACGCCGGCUGCAGGCUGGCUGGGCUGGAGGAGGCCCUGCAGAAGGCCAAGCAGGACAUGGCCUGCCUGCUCAGGGAGUACCAGGAGGUGAUGAACGCCAAGCUGGGC